AUGAUAAUUAAAGUCCAUCUGAACAUCAUUUGCAUUAAAAAAGAUUAGAGAAUAAAUUUAAAGGGAAGCUCAAAUAUGUCUCAGGCUUUGAGUAAUGCUCAAUCUGAUAUGUUUAUAUCAUCAAUAAUGAAGAUUCCACCUCAUAAAGUUAAUAAUGCAGUAGCAGUAUUUACAUUACCCAAAUCAUAAUCGGAAGUAUUCUUAUAUGUUUUGAUUAUAAUAAGUGGAAAUUGCAUUUUAUUUAGUCACUAUAUAUGA